UCAGCAGUGCGGUGAAGACGUACACAGUAAAUGGCCGAACCAGAACGUGGAAGUGUGACAGCAGAGUGGAGCCAGGGCGACAAGAAGCCGUCAAUGGCAGAGACACCGUCCCCCACCAAAGCCGGCCGGGCCCCACCCUCGUUGUCUCAGCAGCAGAGCCGAGUCAGCAAAGCUAGCUCACGCCGCGGCACCUCCACUCUCCGUAGUCAGUUGAGUCAGCCGCGGAGGUCGCCGCAGCCUGGCUCUAACUGGGGGAGAGUCCAAAGUGCCUUCAAGAAAGGAGCGCUAGUGGCAGUGGGUCUGAAGCAGACGGGACCAGAGAAGCUGCACUGGAACGCCAUCCAGAGAAAUGUGCAGGCCAGCACUACACCUCCAGUCUCCUCUGCUUCCUCCCCUUGGGGCAGCCAACCCAGACCAGGACUCCAGCGACUGAGGUCACGUCUCUCCUACCACGAUGCGCCGGUGGCUCACAUUGCCUAUCCCUCGUACACCAGACAGAUGUCGUCUAUCAGUACUGCCACGAGAAGAGGUGUAUCGGUCACAGGGGAGCCGGGGCGAUCGGAGAGUGCCCCUGGCGUUAUCCAGACAGACGGGGGAACGCCAGUCCCACCGUCGCUGUACGGGACAGGGAGGGUCCAGGCCGUGCGGCAGGAGCUGAAGCCAGAUCUGUGGAAGAUUGCCUACCAGGGAGUCCUACGACUGGUGUCUCAGAGCGAAACGCUGAAGCCAUCGAUCUCGUCAGUCAGUGGAACUCUCAGUAGACAAGCUCCCUCGACCGGAGUCAAAAGGAGUUUCAUCGAUCUAGGAGACAGUGAGGAGGAGGAGGAAGAGGAGGUGGAUGUUGGAAGGAUAGAAGCUGAUAGUGUGACUGCAGCUCCCGGGACCUUUAUGGGCACCAUUAUGGAGGACGAUGAAGAUUUCUUUGGAACCGAGGGAGGUGUUGAAGAGACAGAUGCUCCAUUGGCCAGGGCCGGCCUGGAAGAAUAUCAACCGGAGACAACGUACCACAAGCCUAAGCCGACACCGAAGCGAAGGGAUCGGAUUGGUCGACUCCACAUGAUCCACGACCCCCUGUUUGGGGGGUACGACCGAGGCUACGGGGGGCUCGGCCUCCCCACAUUCCUCUUGAGGUUCAAAUAUCGCUACGUCUCCAGAGACACGCAGAGGAGACUGGACGAACAUCUGCUGCACAAACGGCCCUACUUCACCUACUGGCUGAUGUUAGUACACACUAUCAUAAUGAUCACUGCGGUCGCGGUGUAUGGCUUCGCUCCGUACGGCUGGGACCAGAUGGCGGAGAGGGGGACGGUUCUCGGUAGCAACCUCGCCUUUGACACAGAGGAGAAGAUUGUCAUUCCAAGUGUGUGGUUUGGCCCGUCUCAGAAAUCUCUGGUCCUGCUGGGAGCUCUGUAUGGUCCGUGUAUGAGGAGAGAUCGGCAGCUGUUCCGGGCAGUGGAGGCAGACAGGAACAACGAGAGGAGCCAGUCCGGCUGCUGCGUCAGACUAGACGGCUCCGGGUGUGUCCAGGAACCCAACAACAAGAACUGCCGGACGAGGCUAACUGACUUUGUCACCAAUUACACUGACGGUGAAGAUGAGAUCAGAGGAGUCUGCGGGACGUCUCCCCGAACCUGCAGCGACCCUCGACCUGGUCUCGACUCCACCUCCUGGGUACUGGACAACGUCCUCACGUGGCCGAUAUGCCUGGAGAGUAACGUAUCGGACGAAGGGGGUCCCCCUCACUUGACGUGUGAGAUCACUGGUCGACCGUGUUGUGUGGGGAUACAGGCUCUGUGUAUCAUCACCACCAGAGACCACUGCGAUUUCCUGGACGGGCGAUUUCAUCAGGAGGCCUUCCUCUGCUCACAGGUUGACUGCCUCAAUACCACUUGCGGGCUCCUCCCAUUUAUCGAGUUUAACGAGCCGGACCAGUUUUAUCGACUCUGGAUUGCUCUCUUCAUGCAUGCUGGGCUGCUUCAUCUCUUCCUCUCACUCAUCUUCUCGUUCCUAAUCCUCCGACAUGUCGAGAAGCGAAUGGGCUGGCUGCGAACCACCAUUCUGUACAUACUCAGUGGCAUCGGAGGCAACCUCGUCAGUGUCUUCUUUGUUCCUUAUAACCCUCAGGUCGGGCCUGCAGGGAGUAUAGUUGGAGUGGUGGCCUACAUGUUUGUGUUCCUCAUCUUUGAAUCGCGACUCCUCAUGCACCCGUGGGUCGAGUUCAUCAAACUCGGAUUCGUUGUGAUCUUCCUCCUCAUUCUCGGCCUCUUCCCCUUCAUCGACAACUUUGCCCACAUCGGAGGGUUCGUCUUUGGCUUCCUCCUCUCUGGAAUCCUCGUUCCGUACCACAGUCUGGACGACCUGGGAGUCAAACCCAAGAGAAAGAAGAAGGAGAGAAAGAACGACGUGUUUCGAAGGGUCAAAUGGGGAAUGGUGAUUGGUGGGAUUCCGUCCGUCGUCCUGCUGUUUGUCCUGUUUUUCGUCCUGUUUUACGAGGUUCAGGACACGUGGGACGGUUUUCAGUACCUCAACUGUAUCCCGUUCACCGCCACCAUAUGUCAAGAUCUGGGCGGCAAUAUUAGGACUAGAGACUCUCAUAUCAUCUGACGUCACUACGUAUAUAGUACAGAUACCACCAUCGUGAGGCCAGGGAGCGGGGGGUGUGGACUAUUUAGGGAUACAUGCAAUCUUUCACUGUCAUGAUGUCAUAACUGUAGAAAACUUCUGUCCUUGUGUCAAUAAAAUUACACAAUUGUUUCUCUAUUCAAAAUGUGAUCUAUUGUAGUAGCAAAUAAUUGUCCAUGUACGAUAUUUGUUUUUAGCUUCGGUUACCUUUCAAACACGUUUAAUAUCCCUAUAUACAAAAGAACGAAGUGAUUUAUAAAAACACGGACUAAAAAAUAAAACAGAAGAGUGUAUGAGAAAGUCGCAGAUGGUGCCAGGGGGUUGAAGGUCAGUAUAUGGCGCUGGUUGUUUUGCGGAGUCGUGGUUGGAUGGCGUAACCUUGGUUACUGGCCAUUAGCUCCACCUCCCUGUCCUCUGCCUCGGACCUUGUCUUCUCCAUGUGAAGGGUCCACAGGAGGCGGUCUCUCUUCUCCACCAGUUCCACCAGUUCGUUGAUCAUGGCCUCCUCCUCCAGGCGCUGGAGAUCCGUCUUCUCGGAGUCCUCCUGCGCCAGCCGGCGUCGUAUCUCACCCUCCAGCACGUCGUGUUGCUCUAUCAGCUCCAGGUCCUUCACCUGGUACACCAGAUCUGACUCCUGUCUGAGGAGCAUGUUUUUCUGGUUGACGAGGCCGAACCACUCUUCCACCAGGCGGUCGUCGACUGCCUCCAUGUCUUCUGUGCUCCUCAGCCGCUGCUCCAUCUCCACCCCUCUCUCCUCCAGCUCCCUCUGCUCUCUCUCCACCGCGGCCAGCUCCGUCCGCAGAGACUGCAGCUGUCUCUUCCUCUGCUCGGCCAACUGCUCGAUGGUGGGGCUGGAGAUCGGGAGGAGGGGAGAUUUAGUGGAGGUGUGGGGCCGACGCGCUGAUUGGGAUUUCGAGCGGGCUGGUUGGCGGGGUGGACGAGGAGGAGUACGAGAGGGCGGAAACUGCGGUCGAGGUGGUGCCGGGCGUGACGGCUUUAUCGAUGGGCGGGAUGGACGUUUCGGGGGUUGAGACUCUGGAAUCGGGGAACGGGACGGCUCAGUCGGUGGAUUGGACAGCUCUGCUUUACGAUCAGAUGGCUCGGCAUCCUGGGGGACCUUGGCUGGAGCUGUUGCACCCUCCUUCUCUCCCUGUGACGGUAGUGGUGUGGUCUUCAUCGUCCUUCGACGAGGCGGUUUCACCGGCGAGGGAAUGUCUUCUGGUGUCUUCUCCUUCUCUCCCCUCUCCUCACUUUCCCCCUCACCCCCCUCUCUUUCCCUCUCACCCUCCUCCUUUUCUUGUUUGCGUGCUUCAAUAUCCACUUUUUCGCCUGCUUUCUCUGUUGCUAUGUGUUGCCCCGACAACUGUUGCUCUGGCAACGGUUUCUCCGGCAACUGUUGCUGUGGUAACCCAAUUGAUACAGCAACUGCAGAGCCAUUUUCAGCAGUCACUGUAGUUGCCUCACUAGCAGGACCCAGUGACUGGACUUCAGUUUCUGGAUCCUGUUUAGCAGCUGCCAGGGUCUUCAACAGUGACGGAAGACCGCCCCUGAUCCUGGCCGACUCUUGACGAGAUAUCUCAGUGGGUGUGGCAAAAACAGCCGCAGUGGGCGUGGUUUCAGUUUUGCCAGACCCGCCAGAACCACCAUGACGAUUGGUGGUAGUAUCGGUUACCGAUGUGCUGACCUUUGACCUGGUGACCUCAUCACUUUCUUUCUUCCUCUUUGGCUCCACCUCCUCCUCCUCCCUCUUCUCCUCGCCGUCCCCUCCAGUAGGGCUAGCAAGAUUCCUCUGAUCAAUAGUUCGUUUGAUUGUCCGCUGUCGCAAGAGGUCCCGGUAGUGGGUGCGGCAGUAAAACUGGUUUGAGAUCCGGUCAAACUCGUAUGAUCCCUGUUUCAGCUGGACGGGGCACGAGUGGCAUUUGAAGCAGGCUCGAUGGAAGACGUGAUUCUCCACGGCCAGUCUCUCCAUGAGGUAUACCCUCUUGCCGCAGGACUCGCAUUCCUCCUGACCCAUCGUCCCCCUCUUCUGAGAUCCCGAGGGCACCACUCUCGGUGGAGACAACUGCUUUCGUAAGGGAACUUCGGUUGAUUUGCUUCCCUUGUUGGACGAAGUCUCCGGAACAACUUUUCCUACAGCAUCCAUCUUCCGCUGUUGUUGUUGUUGUGUGUUGGCAGUGGUGGGAGGAGGAGGACGAGGAGGGAGGGGAGACGAUGGUUUCGGAGUCGAGGUGACAAUGGUAGAGGGAGAAGGGACGAAGUUUGUAGCCGGGUGUGGUCGGGAGGAGCCCACUCCGCCCUGUGAUGUCGUCUUUGGUGGUUGUUCAGCUAUGCCCGAGAGCUGAAUGG